AUGCGUUUCAACAAUGUGUUGCCGGCUGCCCUGGCAGCAGUUGCUGCCGCAACUGUCGUCAAUGGAUUAGAGAGCCGAAAUCCAUCGAUUGCUCACUACGACAAUGCACUAGACAUAUUCGUGCGAUAUGAUGAUGCUCCCGGCGUAUAUGUCCGUCACCCCACCCUCGACAUCGAUGAUGUCGCCAGAGUCGUCCUGAAGCGCGCCGCUUUGGAGAAACGUUUCCAUCAUUGUCCUAUCUGCAAAAAAACCCCAACAACAAAAUGUGUUAAGGAUGGACAUGUGAAACAGUGCGGAAACUGCCAUAAAUUUUUCUCGAGCAACGAAGCAAAGUGCACGUACUGUGAACACGCCAGGGUGCGAAAGGAACAGAGGGAAAAGAAAGAAAAGGAGGGGAAAGGAGGAAAGGGGAAGAAGAAGAAAGGGAAGAACUAG